AUGACCAUAAACCAUUUCUUCCUAUGGGUGACGGCCAGAAAUAUGCCUGCACUGCGCAGCUUCUAUAGCAAAGUCCUCGCUCCGGUUGGGUACAAGGAGCUCAUCUGCGCCCACAAAAGCACGCUCAUCGGAUUUGGAAGCGACUAUCCUUAUUUCUGGCUGAAGGCGCUCCCGGAGGGGAAACAGACAAUGCCUGUUCACGUUGCAUUUGAUGCGCCGGAUUGGACGGCUGUUAAUGAGUUCCAUCGUGUUGCAUUAGAAAACGGAGCACAGGGUAACGGGGAUCCUGGUGUCAGGGAGGAGAUGAGCCGGUAUCCUUACUAUGCGGCCUUUGCAGUGGACAUGGAAGGGAACAAUGUGGAGGCUGUUUGUGCGCCGAGGGAGGCUAGAAAGAGUUAA